GUGAGAAACUUAAGCCUCGCGAACGACUUCGUAAACGCUAAAAGCCAUGCAAGAGAGAAACCUCUGCCCGCAGGAUAGUAACUCGAUCGAGAGGAAUAGAUAUCCAGGGCGCGGAAGGGAAGUCGUUGGACUUUUUAACCCGUUGCCUCGUAAAUAAAAUUUUUUAAUCGCAAAAAUUCAUAAACAGGAACAGCAACCGGAACAGGACCUUUGCCAGCAUUGUGUAUAAAUUCUCCAGCUCUUGUUUCCUUCCGCCGACAUCUUUAUUACUUAGUCGUUCUUCACUCUCGUGCCAGUUAAGGCCGCCUUAACUGUGAGAGAAAAUAUUUCCAAGUUCCAGAGAUUUGAAAAACGCCGGACGGGAUCCGCCGAGAUGAAAGUGCUUUCAGUAGGUUCUACCUCUCUUUAUCGCGAUUUCGUGCGUGUCUGGUAAGCAAUUAUUUAAAUAAAACUGUAGCAUUUCGUUUCAAAUGCGAAACAAGGAUAAAGAAGAUACACAAAGCGACUGAGCAGAUGAUUUGAGCCGGUUAGGCUGUGUUAGCGGAUUCAGCGGAUUCGUGUCGUUUAGCGAUGGCAGAGUGCAUUGUACCAGUUACGUGAAGCUUGUUUAUCCUCGUUUUCUUAAUUUGCUGAAGAGCUGACUUUUCUGUUGUUUUGAAAUAUUUUUGGCUUUAACCGAUAGCCGUGAGCAAGAUCAAUCUUGAUCUGUGCGAACUACAAGCUGUUUGGCUCUUCAGAGAGUUUCUCGUUCAAACGACGUAACGCUUGGAUUAAAUCACCUUGCACCCAACAUGUAUGAUUCACGUUAAAGCAUAUAGAACAAAUUAUCAGGGUUUUUACGAUUUCUAUGCGUGUUACUGAAACAGUAGACUACUAGUAGUCCCCCAUUUUUCCUCAGGGAUAGUACAGCGAGCGAAACGCGAGCGCGCGUGAAAAUCACCCCACGCAAGAAAAGGCGACACGCGAUACGCGUGGGGUUAUUUUCACGCGAGCUCGCGUUUCGCUCGCCCUACUAUCCCUGAGGAAAAAUGGGGGACUACUCGUAGUCUACUGAAACAGCUUUUGAAAGCUCUAACUCAAAAAAAAAUUGUUUAUCGCUGUGAUUGUCGCAUGGAAUUUUCGGACUUUUAUGGAAAAGAAAAGUGCAAAUUUCUUUCUUCUUUAGCUUCCUUAUUUUUAUGCAGUGGAAAGUUAAAAAAACAUUUCAAACUGCGAAAAAAUAGAUGAAUUAUCAAUAAUUCUCAAAAACAGUUUGAUAAUUAAAAACAUUUCGUUAAAUCGUUUUGCUUUGUACACGAGAUCAACAAUCUCUUUUGUUUCAAAAUAGCUGGUCCUUUUAGAUAGGAAACUCUAUGUGCCUUUAUGUACGUACUCCACUUAGUACAUUUGACCAUAUGCCUAUGUUAAAAUGCGCUAUACAAGUAUUAAAUACGUGUGAAACACAAGAUAUGAAGAAAACUGUUGUGGUUCACUUUAUCCUCGGUUAAUUUUGUUUCUUCUUUUCAUGUCAUAUAUUCUGGCGUAAACAGAAAGAAAGGAAAACACAAUUUGAGGCAAGGAUAAAAUUGAGCGGAAGAAUCUACGGGAACCCCAAAAUGAGUCCGUUACGACCCCUUACAUUUUUGUGGCAACAGAUUUCGCUACCUUUGCGGAUUCCACGAAAAAUAAUUUAAACAACUGGUAAUUUGAAAUCAUUGCUUCGCUACAUUUUGUAAACCAUUAAUGAACUUUGGUUUUGUCUUUUCACACAUUUCUAGGUUACCAUUGUCCUAGGGGCUGGAUGCAGUUUAAAAGCUACUGUUACUUUGUGAGCAGCUCCAUCAAGACUUGGCACCAGGCCCAGGCGUACUGCAAAGGACUGGGAGGAGAACUGGUGAAGAUAAACAGCGAAGAAGAAAACGAGUUUGUGUUGAAGUUGGUUCACAAACGUGCACCAUCAGUGUCGAUGAUUUGGAUUGGACUUCAGUGGAACGCGCGCGUGCGAGGCUUCAUCUGGUCCGAUCUCUCCAUUCCUAAAUACAGGAACUGGGCUCCUUGGGAGCCGAAUGGAAAUGCACGGGAACCGUGUGGAAACAUGUGGACUGGGAACACUACAGUUCUGCCUACACAUGCUCCUGGUUAUUGGAAUGACCGUAUUUGCCAACUGAUGCCCCGUUUUCCCUGUGGCCUCGUGUGCAAAAGCCUUGCCGAACCAGACGAGGCAAGCUCACCUCUGACACUAGCAAACGUUGAUGCAAUAUAAGAAUGUGAUUCUGAGUUCGUUACUGCAAUUUUCGAAUAUGGUUCACUUUCAAGAGAAAUAGAAUAAGACGUUUGGAUUUCUUUGGAUUUCUUCUAUUGUUUUCACUAUUUGAUGCUGAUAUUUUGUGUAAACAAUGUUUUGUUCUUUUCGUUGUGGUAUAUUUCAUAGAUUUACUUUUAGUCAGCUGAACAAUUAAACUCUUUUUACGAGAUCUGCGGUGAAGAUUUUCUUUAAGCCUGCCUGUUUUAUGAUUUCUGACUAAAUUAGGGAGCUUAAACAAAAAGGACAAUCAGCGACGGGAACGAAAAAGUCACUAAUAAAAUAAAUUCGUGUUU